AUGGCGACGAACACGAAGAACGCGGACGAACCCUACGGCAGAUCCAUUCUACAGGACAAGCAGGACUUACAGGAGCUGGAGAGCUGCGGAGGACUUAGAGAAAUUCAGGGGAGGAGGAAAGUCAACCUCUCCCGAUCUGGAUCUGGCGCGGACAUCGAGGCGGGCGGCGGCUCGUCGCCGGAGCUGCCAGAGACGGAGGGGAAGAGGAGGGCGCCGGCCGGAGGAGCUAGAGUGAGGCGCAGGAGCUCGGGGCUUCACUGGGGCGGCAGAGGCACUGGCGGCGGCGGUCGGGGCGACGGGCGCGGGAGGAGCUCGCCAGUGUCGAGCGCGGCGACCGGCGCGGGCGGCGACCCGGCGAGGCAGCGGGGCACCGGCGGAUGGAGACGGCGCGGAGCGCGGGGCUCGGGCGCCCGCGAGGCGGCGGCGGCUGUGGCGUCCCGGGCCGCGGGGGCCGGCCCCGGGCCUGGCGGGCUUCGGUGGCGGACGGCGGCGGCGUGCCACGAGUCAGCGCGGGAGAGGCCGGGGGCGGUGGCGGCGGACGUGUCCGGCGGCGCGAGGGAAGGGGAGACUAGGGUUUGA